AUGUCCGACGACGAGAGGUCCUCUUCCCCCGACAUCAAGUCGGAUGACGAGGCGCCGUCCCACACCGCCGUCCGCGGCAAGAAGCGCCCUAGGAUCGCUGAUCCCGAUGAGGAAGACGAUGAGGAGCAGCAGGACCAGGGGGGCAACCAGGACGACGACGAUGAGGAUGAUGAGGACGACGACGAUGAGGAUGAGGACGACGACGACGAUGAUGACGAUGGUGACCGCAGGCGAAAGCGUUCAAAGCACCACAAGAAGAAGAGGCCCGCCAACCGCUUCCUCGAUGUGGAGGCUGUAGUCGACGAUGACGAGGAAGAGGAGGACGAGGACGACAACUAUGAGGACGUCCGCGAGUUCAUUGAGGAGGGCGCUCCCGAGGCCGGUGAGGGCGAGCAGGGCCACCACCGCAGGCUCCACCGCGAAAUGCGUCGUGAGGAGGAGCCAAACAUUGAGGAGAUUCUUGCCGGCAUCAAGGAGCGUCACGCCCGCCAGGCCAAGUACAAUGCGGACAGCGACCAGGUUCCCCAGCGUCUCCUCAUGCCCGGUGUCGACGACCCCAGCCUGUGGCAGGUGCGCGUCAAGACCGGGCGUGAGCGUGCCAUCACCGCCUCCAUUUUCCGCAAGGUGUUCCACAGCACGUACUCUGGCAACCCCAUCGAGGUCAUGUCGGUGUUCUACCGUGACUCGCUCCCUGGUCUCAUCUACCUUGAAGCACGCCAGUCUGCCGCCGUCCACGCCGCUGUGGCUGGUAUCGUCGGUGUCUACCUCUCGCGCGGUGUCCAGCUUGUUCCCAUCGAGGAGAUGGCUCCCCUUCUCCGCAUCAAGAAGAAGGAGAUCAACCUCACCCCGGGCAUGUGGGUGCGCCUCAAGCGUGGAAAGUACACCGGCGACCUGGCACAGGUUAUCGACGUCGACCAGCUCACCAGCGGUGUCGUUGGCGUCAAGUUUAUCCCUCGUAUCGACCUCACUCCUCGCGAGAAGAAGCAGGAGCGCCUCGCCAACGGCAAGGGCAGCCUUGGCGGUACCUUCCGCCCCACCCAGCGCCUGUUCAACUAUGAGGACGUGCGCAAAAUCUACGGUCGUGGCCAGGUUCGUCCUGGUGCCCAGGGCGCCUACGUGUUUGAUGGCGACGAGUACCUCGACGGUUUCUGUGUCAAGGACCUCAAGAUCAACUUGCUCACCACCGAGGACGUUCAGCCGACCCUCGAGGAGGUUUCGCGCUUUGCCGGUGAUGACGGUGCCGGCAAGUUUGACCUGUCCACCAUCGCCGACGCCAACCGUCACGUCUCGUCUGCCUUCCUCACCGUCGGCGACCAGGUCGAGGUGUACGAGGGCGAGCUGGCCGGCAUGUACGGUACGGUCGAGACCAUUGCGAGCGACACGAUCUCAAUCAAGGCGAUUGGUGGCGAGAUUCACGGCCAGAUGGUCGAGGUCCCCGCCCGCAGUGUGCGAAAGAAGUUUGACAUUGGUGAACACGUCAAGAUCAUUACAGGCAAGAACACGGACGUUUCCGGUAUGAUUGUCGAUGUCAAGGGCGACGUCGUUACCCUCAUGUCCGACCAGGGCCAGCAGGAGAUCAAGGUGUUCUCCAAGGACGUGCGCAAGGCCGCCGACAUUGCUGGUGGAAGCCAGACCCUUGGUCUCUACGACGUUCACGAGCUCGUCAUGCUCGACCCGACGACAGCUGCGGUCAUUGUCAAGGUCGAAGGCAACCAGCUCCGUGUCCUGGACCAGAACGGCAUCUCGCGUGUGGUCAAGCCUACCGAGGUCACACUGCGUCGCGACAAUGCCCGUUACGCCGUCGCCACUGAUUCGGCUGGCAACGACAUGAAGGUCGGAGACGCCAUGAAGGAGGUCGAAGGAGAGAGCCGUCGCGGCGAGGUUAUCAACAUUUCGCGCUCGCUGUUCGUCUGGUUGCACAACCGCGACCACGGCGAAAACUAUGGUGUCUUUGUGGCUCGCGCCUCAGCCCUCGUCUCCGUCACUCCCAAGUCGGCCACUGCCGACCUGACAAAGAUGAACCCAGCCCUCAACCAGCAACUCCCCUACGGCGGUGCCAGCUUGAUGCCCCCUCCCCAAGCCGCCGGCAACAGGAAGAUCAUCAACACAUAUGUCGUUGUGACCAAGGGCACCUACAAGGGUCUCCAGGGUGUGAUCAAGGAUGUUGUCGGCGCCAACGAGGCUCGUGUCGAGCUUGCGACCAACAACAAGACGAUCACCAUCGCCACUGCCUCGCUGAAGCGCAAGGACACAAAGACUGGCGCGACAUACCCACUCGACACGGGUGGCAUGGGAGCAGGAGCUGGCGGUGGCGGAGGCUACGGCGGCGGACCUCGUGGUGGUGCUGGAGGAGGCGGUGGCUACGACGUCAACCCGUACGGCAACAUGGGUCCCCCCGCCAACGGUGGAGGCCGCACGCCUGCUGGUGGACGCUUUGGCCAGACUCCCAACCCCUACGCUAUGGGCGGAUACGGCAAGACGCCGAACCCGUACGCCGGCGGCGGUGCUGGUGGCAAGACGCCUGGUUGGGGCGCAAACGCUGGCGGCAAGACUCCAGGAUGGGCUGGUGCGGGUGCCAACGCCGGUGGCAAGACUCCCGGCUGGGCUGGCAGUGGUGGCAAGACACCUGGAUGGGCCGGAGCGAGUGGUGGCAAGACGCCUAUGGCGGGCUACGGCGGCGACGGCGGCCGUACCCCCGGCUGGGGUGGUGCUCGUCCCGACGGCGGCAAGACGCCCAACCCGUACGCCAACAGCGCACCGACGCCUGGCUACAACGAUCCGGGAACCUCGAGGGGUCCCAUGUCUGCGCCUACGCCGUACGGCGGUCCCAGUGCAUACAGCGCACCCACGCCUGGUGCUGCCCUGUCGGCGCCAACACCUGCACCUGCUGGCGGCUUCAGUGCCCCCACACCCUACUCGGCUCCUACUCCCGGUAUGGCUCUGUCUGCCCCUACUCCCGGUAUCGCCCUGUCGGCACCUACUCCCGGUGGAGCGCUGUCUGCGCCUACACCAGGUGUUGGCCCAACCCCCUUUGGCGCUCCCACUCCCUUCGGCGCGCCGACACCAUACGGCGGGCACGCGGCCGCCAGCAUGUCCCACGGUGGCUCGCAGGGUCAUCUCCAGUGGGACUGGGCGCUCGACUUCCGCAACGUCAUCGUCACGGUUGGCCCGUCCCAGCGCGCCAACUCGCGUAACCCGCGUCACUUCCAGCGUGGAUUCUACGACGGCAAGCAGCUCGGUAUCGAGGCGCUCGCGGGCGAGAUGGUGCAGUGCCGCUCGAUGGAGGACCAGCACCAGGUCGACAUUCCUGCCGAGUACCUCCUUCCCGUCGCGCCCGACCGUGAGGGCCAGGUCGUCAUUGUUAUUGGCGGCGAGCACAAGGGCCAGCAGCGUACGACGCAGUACAAGAGCGACAACCAGUGGAUGACCGAACCAGAGGCAGGAGACAUCGUCGGUGCCGUCCUGGACGAGAACCAGCUCGCCAGGAUUUGGCGAGAGUAG